GCCGCACGCUUUUUGUUUUCAUUGCGUCACUUCCGGGUGCAGAAGGAGCCAUGUUGCACCACUAGAUGGAGCCAAAAUGGAGAUAGUGGACCAAUCUCACCGUAACACAGCAGCAAUGGAUGUAUAAAAGGAGGGACGUGAAGGUGGGCACGGCCAUAAAGAACGGGGGGAGCGGAAGAAGCUGAAGCUCGAGAUGGAGAAAACAAGGAUGCUUGCGCUCUGUGUCUGUUUGACCUUCAUGUCAGUGGGCUGCGUUGAGGGAACAAAUUCAACAGCAGGCAGCAACAGCACCGAAUCAGCAGCCACAACGCUGUCCGGUACCCCGACCACCCAUACCACUGUAACCACUGUAACCACGACCACGACUCCACCCUCAACCACCUCCACCACCACCGCCACCACCGCCACCACUGCUACCACCGCCACCACCGCCACCACUGCCACCACCACCGCCACCACUGCCACCACCGCCACCACCGCCACCACUGCCACCAACACCACCACUGCCACCAACGCCACCACUGCGAUGCAGAACACAACGUCCACUACGAGCUCUGGAACCACCUCCAUGGCCAGCUCUUUGACCGGGUCGUGCAGUCUACUCCUGGUGCCUGUGAUCUCUGUUCUGAUCUACGGUGCAUAGGACUCAACUGAAAAGGUGAAAGCAAAUCGCAGAUUCACCUUUCCUCAAUCGAGAUACUUGAUCUAUCUCCUAUCUCCUCCUGUUACUCUUACUGUGACUCCUAUCAGUGCUAUGAAGUGCUUUGUUUGUUCUGAGCUCUUUUUCACUCUAGACUGUUGCACACAAUUGUACUAAAUAAUGUAUGAUCUCGUUGUUGCUGCAUUUUAAUCACAAGAAACAAACGUAAACACCGGAUACAACAUUUCUCUGUAUUUUUUUUUUGAAAAUCAAAUGUUAAUUGACAACAUAAUUGCCACUGGAUUUCACAUAUAUUGUCAAAAUGCAUAUCAAAGUGUUUUAAAUUAAUACAAUUUCAGGUUUUCAACGACUAAGGUCAAAUUUUGUGUGCAGCUGAUAAGCCAGCCCCUCUCGUUGAAGUCCGCGGAGAGCAGAUCGACGAUUGGGCGACACCCCACCCCCAUCACCAUGGUUACAAAAAUAAACUUGGGCUUAGCUUUGCAGAGCGUUUGCAGUUUGGUUAGGUUUAGGCAACAAAGUGCCGUAACACAAGCACAUAAAACUGGACUUUUUGCAUGCAAGCGUCUGUGAUCAAGAAUCGCCUUUUGCACAUUUAAAAGUCUAUGUUCAUGUUACCUGUGUGCAGACUGAAGAACCUUGGUUAUACGAAAAGAUUCAACAAUCAAAGAAUCGGCCACCUGUUGGAUUCAUACUCAUAACACACAGCGGGCAGCUGUAGUUAUCAGUAGUUAUCUCUGGAACACAAUAUUGUAUUUUUUCAUAUUCUGUUGAUCAUUUUAGUUGACCCUUUCAAAAAUAAAUUCUUAAACCAGACUGU